AUGGACUUGAAUGACUCCAUGAAUGUGCAGCGUUCGUCCGACAUUUCAAAAGACAACAUCAUGAACACCCGUCUCCGACAGCGGCGUAGGGAAAAGGCUGCAAACGAAGCAUCAGCGUGCGUGGACAGCAAACCCCCUUCGUCGUACUGCGAGGAGAAGAAGAACACCAAACCGCCUCCUCCCAACAAGCUUGCCCUUGCGACAAAGAAUAACGAUUCCGUCAAGAUAUCAGCGUCAGCAACAACAACAACCUCCUCCUCUGCACAAGCACCAGAAACAGCAAAGAAAUCGAAAUCCAAACUCACCCAUCACCUCCGCAAGUGGUGGCCAGCAAUCGUCCUCGUCAUCAUCAUCAUCAUCAUCAUCAUCAUCAUCAUCAUCAUCAUCAUCAUCAUCAUCCCCGCAUACCUAUGGAUCAACAGCCCAACAACCCCCGAGUUCUCCGAAGAAGAAGAAAUCUCAUGCAAAAACUCCCCACCCCAAAUCGUCACAGGCAUCUGCACGGAUUUCCAUGAAGACGAAGAGGAGAAGACGGAGAAGGAGAAGACGAAGAUGUACGAGGAGCUGAUUUCGGCAGCAGGCGGGGGCCGCGAUUACGACUGGUUGGCGGCAGGUUGGGAGGGAAGAGCUUGUACAGGGACAUGGGUAGAAAGAGAUACAAGUUUGGUUAACGGCUAUAUGCUGCUCCUGGAUUUGGAUGGAAUGACUAGUGCAGGGCCGAAUCGAGCUGUAGUGGGCAAUGAAUACGGCAAUGAGUUCCAGCAUCCUCCUCCUCAAACAGGUACGUCGGAGUACAAUAACGUGACAAUAUGUAUACUGCCGGUUGAGGAUGUUUCUCUGCAUCGACAUUCGUGGCGUGAUCAUCUCAGACCGAUCCACGUAGCGGCCUCGACCAUGUGUAGUUCAGGAGCUUGCAACACCUCCCUCUCAAUAGCAUGUGGUGCCACACCAACCCCUUCCCCAGCGCGACCGUGUACUGGGUUUCUCGGGUUACAGCCUCACACCGCCUACCACUAA